CACCCAUUUUGCUGGGGAUUUAUUCCAUUGGAGAAUCUACCACCCUCCUAACUCCGCAACUGCCAUUGUUCAUCAUGUUCAGCAAGAAGGAGUUCGGUCAGUCGCAGCGAGGUAGAGGCAGGGGUCGGGGCGACCACGGACAGCGCGGAGGACGUGGACAUGGGGGAAGAGGAGGUGGAGGUCGUGGUGGAGGAACUGUAGAGCUUCCAAUUCGUUCAGGAGACUCUCGAGGCCGUGGUGACUUCAGAGGUCGGGGAGAUUCGAGGGGUCGGGGAGAUUCGAGGGGACGUGGACGCGGCGACCACAGAGGCGGGUUUCGUGGAGAUACUGGGCCCCCGAUCUAUGCUCCGCCAGGUGGUCAGAUUCCUAGCCCAAGCCCGGUCGUUGAGAAGACCGAGAAAGCCAUUGCUAUCACCCUAUCUCAAAAGCCCAAGUCUGCCAGUCAGGCUCAUUACCCGGAGAGGCCUGGAUUCGGAACGGUUGGUCGGAAAGUCCUCCUGUACGCAAACUACUUUGAGCUGCCAAGGGUUGGCAAGGUCCUCUACAGAUACCACGUUGGUAUCGUUGGAGACCAGGCGGGUCGUCAACCCACAGGCAAAAAGGCCCAGCAGGUCAUCCGACUCUUGCUGGAGGAGCAUUUUGCCCCGAACCUCAAGAGCAUCGCGACGGACUACAAGUCAACACUGAUCUCAGUGGUUGAGCUCCCGAACAAAGGGGCUUAUGAUGUUCGGUACCGCGAUGAGUACCAAGAUGAGUAUCCGGAGGAUCCAAAGAUUUACCGUGUCACCUGCCAGGCGACAGGAAGCCUCCAGCCCUCUGACCUUUUGAAUUACCUCUCCUCGACAAGUGCAACGGCCAUGUUCGAAUCCAAGGCAGAGGUCUUGCAAGCGAUGAACAUCGUCAUGGGAUACAACCCAAAAUCAGACCGUUCUAUUGCAUCUGUUGGUGCAAAUAAGCAUUUCAGUGUGCAUGCGGACUUGGCUGAACGAUUUGAUCUGGGCGGUGGCCUGGAGGUCCUUCGAGGCUUUUUUGUUAGCGUUCGCGCUGCCACUGCACGCCUUUUGGUGAAUGUGCAAGUCCAAUACGCCGCAUGUUACGAGGAAGGACCAUUGGAAACCGUUAUCUCCGCAUACCAACAUGCUAACUCUCAAAAUCCCUACAAGCUUGAGAGUUUCUUGAAACGAGUAAAAGUUCGGGUGAUACAUAUUCAAAGAAAAAACAAAGUACGCAUCAAGACGAUUGCGGGCCUGGCAACGCCUAGGGAUGGGUCGUCAUUGGAACAUCCGCCAAGAGUGACAGCAUACGGGGCUGGCCCGAAAGACGUGGCCUUCUUCCUUAACCCUGGCCAACAGCAAUCUGCACAGCCCGGAGCCGGUGGAUCUGGCAAGGGGAAGAAGGGCAAAAAGAAGGACCCCAAGGCAGGCCCGGAACCUGCUGGCGGGUAUAUCAGCGUCGCCGACUUCUUCCUUCAAGAAUACAAUGUGAAAACAGAUCCAAAAAUACCUGUCGUAAAUGUCGGGACCAGAGAAAGUCCAUCGUAUCUGCCAGCUGAAGUCUGUGUUGUCCAGCCUGGUCAGCCAGCUGGGGUUAAGCUUGCUCCAAACCAGACCCGAAAUAUGCUCAACUUCGCCGUUCGGAGCCCUGCCCAGAAUGCAGAGUCCAUUGUAGCGAAAGGUGUGCAAGUUCUUGGUCUAAGUCCACAGAAUGGAACCCUUAAUCAGUUUGGAAUAGAGGCUAUUUCGAAACUCAUAACAGUUAUGGGACGGGUUCUUGCGGCACCUCAGGUCUGCUACAAGGGACAACAUAUCAACACCAGGGAAGGCGGCUGGAAUAUGCGAGAUAUCAAAUUCUCGAGAUUCACCAAGCUGCAGUCCUGGGCGUGGCUCUACAUAGACUCCGAUCGUGCUAGACCAGCUUGGGAUGGCCCGGAUGGCCUUAGCCGUUCCCUGAACGGUCUCGUUGGCAAAUUGAACGAGAUGGGUGUCUCUUGCAACGGGCCUAUUGAUGGUAAGAAAAUAGUGUUGACCGGUCAGAAAAACGAAGGGAAAAUUGACGCCGCGAUCGCUGAGUUGAUGAAGAAAAAGCCCCAGUUGAUUUUCACAAUACUUUAUGACAAUGACACGGCAGUUUAUAACUGUGUCAAACAAACCUGCGACGUCCGCCGUGGCGUACGCAACAUCUGUGUGCGUGCUCAGAAGCUUGCCGGAGCAAAUUCACAAUACUACGCUAAUGUCGGUCUCAAAUUCAACCUGAAGCUAGGUGGAACAAACCAGUCACUGAAAGCAGACCAACUGGGCAUCAUUGGGGAGGGGAAAACAAUGCUUGUUGGUAUCGAUGUCACCCAUCCAUCUCCAGGCUCCGCAAAGAAUGCUCCCAGCGUAGCAGGGAUCGUGGCAUCCGUCGAUGCCACACUCGGUCAGUGGCCAGCAGACAUCCGAGUCCAGACCUCCAAGCAGGAGAUGGUCUCGGGGCUUGACGAAUUGCUCAAAUCUCGUCUUCGAGUCUGGGCCAAAAACAAUAGGAAUGCCUACCCGGAGAAUAUCAUCGUUUACCGCGACGGCGUGUCCGAGACACAAUACGACAAGGUCAUCUACGAAGAGCUGCCCCUUCUGAAGAAAGCCUGCCAGACUACCUAUCCCGCCGAUGCGACGAAGAAGGGCCUCCCACGCAUUUCCAUCAUCAUCGUCGGCAAGCGUCACCACACGCGCUUCUACCCGACGGAACAGGAACACGCGGACAAAUUCAACAACCCCAAGAAUGGCACCGUUGUAGACCGAGGCGUUACUGAAGCCCGCAACUGGGAUUUCUUCCUGCAGGCCCACACCGCGCUCAAGGGCACCGCCCGACCAGCACACUAUUUCACCGUCUGGGACGAAAUCUUCCACAAACAGACGCCAAAGGCACCCUUCAACAACGCAGCAGAUGUCCUGGAAAACUUGACGCACAACAUGUGCUAUCUCUUCGGUCGCGCCACGAAGGCCGUUAGUCUUUGCCCACCCGCGUAUUAUGCGGACUUGGUCUGCGAGCGCGCGCGCUGCUAUAUGAGCAACGUUUUUGAUCCCACGCUUCAGGCUACUCCGGCUGCUAGUGUCAUUUCGGGGGGUGCAGGAGGCCAGGUCCCUGGGAAUUCAGAAGUACAAAUCCAUGCUAAUGUCCGUGAUACGAUGUUUUACAUCUAAUUCAGGCGAGGAAGGGGGGGAUACAGAGAAAAAGUAAGUUUCAUUGGAUGAGCGUCGGAUUGGAUUCCUUUACUUCUCUUGAUCUAUGCUAUCUUGGAUGCGAGGUGAAGUUGCCUAGUUUUCUAUAGCCGAUUUGGAAUAACAGUCUUCAUGUUUUUAUUAUACAUAUUGAGUGGCUUCUCCAGAUCUAUGAAUACAUUCGCUCAUGGACCAACUUCCCUUUCCGUUUUGGUGCUCCGCCGCCGCUUUAGUCGCCCCACCUUGAGGUAAGAGAAGGCCCAUCAGAUAGUUAAGUCCCGGCCCACAAGAAGUAAGCCGGCCCACAGAACGGCCGAAAGCUAGGCCGGCCGCCUGCUGUGUGUUUGGACUCACUUUGUGUGUCCUGCUAUGGUCUCGAAUUCUGAUUCCAAACUCGGGAUACUUGGUCAGUCAAAGAAAAAAGGAUACGACGUCCGCGUCUCCAACGCGGACUCGCGGCCUCAUUCGCGAGGAUUUGCGUGGCAGGAGAAUCAGCGAGCGCUACUUACCCCCCCUACGUCACCCACUUAUUUGACCACCUCACAAAUAAAGAGCGGGUGGGACGUGAU